ACCGGCAGCAGCAGGCCUCGGCGACUUCCGCUCGCAGGUCCUGUGUGCUUUUGUGGCUUCGCCAGGAAGAAGCUUGAGCGGAGAAGAGACGGCAGGGCGCGCACGGCUGCGAGGCGCUGCACGGCCCGCUGCGCUCAUUGCCCGCUUGCUGAUUGCGCCGCUCGGCCCGAGCUUGCCUUCCCACCACCACCAUCAAGCAUCGCAAGUGUCGCCGGUCUGACUCCCAACAGGCUCACAGGGCAGACUCACUGGCAUGGACGCACUCGGCAAGCGCCAGGCGGCCGAUGCGGCGCAGCAGCCCGUGAUCCACCCGCUCAACGGGCACGGCAUCUUUGCCAUCAUCGUCUUCGCCAUCGUGUCGCUCGUGUGCAUCCAGCCGGUGCGUGUGCCGAUCCCGCAUGCCGUCUCGACGCCGGUGCGCAACGCCUGGCAGCGCGCAGUGGGCCGCGAUGCGGCUGCGCAGCAGGAGCCGCUCGCGCCGGAGCUGGCGCCGGAGCUGCGCCGCGCCUCGCAGGAGGCUGUGCCGCCGACGCCCGGCACGAUGCGCAGCGAAGAGGAGCUGGCGAAGGCGGACUCGCUGCCGGCCCGCCAGCCCAAGCCGCAGCGCGCGUACCUCGUCUUUGACCACGUCUGGACGCCCGCCGUCGGCAUCCUCUUCCUGCUCGCGACGCACACCAUCGGCGGCGAGCAGCUGCGCGCCGGCAUUGUCGGCGAGGAGGGUGUGGAGCCGUACGACGUGCUGGCGCUCUUCAUCAGCCUGGCGUACAUCGCCAUCAGCCUCGAUGCGACGGGUCUGCUGCGCUACCUCGCCUUCCAGGUGUGCCUCAAGGCCGGCUCGAGCGGCAUGCGCCUCUUCCUGCUGCUCUACGCCUUCUUCUUCACGGCCGGCGUGCUGGUGGGCAACGACCCCGUGAUCCUCAGCGGCACGGCCUUCCUCGUGUACUUCACACGCGUCGCGGGCAUCUCGCCGCCGUCUGCGUGGAUCUGGGGCCAGUUUGUCGCAGCCAACAUCUCCUCGGCCGUGCUCGUCUCGUCAAACCCGACGAACCUCGUCAUCGCGACGGGCUUCGGCAUCAGCUUCCCGACGUAUACGGCGUACAUGAUCCUGCCGAGCGUGGCCUCUGCGCUCGCAGCGAUCCUCACGAUGCUGCUCUUCUUCCGCAACCAGCCGGCGAAGGAGGUUCCCGUGGCCGCUGGCAGGUCGUCUGCAAACCCUGCGAAUGUGCUCGCCAGCGCGCGAUCCUUGAUGUCGAAGGCUUCGCUCAAGCAGCGCGGGCACGCGAGCGGCGAUGCUGCCAGCGCCAGCGAUGCAGCUGAGCCAGAGCCGCCGUCCACUCCGCCGGCUGUCGAGCGGCAGCCGCCGCUCAUUUACAUCCCAAAGACGAUCAUCAGGCCCGACGUCGACCCUCGGGCCGCGCUUGUCGAUCGUAACGGCGCCAUAUUUGGCACCUUCGUCAUGCUGGCGACGCUGGGCGUGCUCGUCGGCACGAGCGUGACGGGCCACGUCAAGGUCUACCAGAUCGCCGUGCCAGGCGCGGUGAUCACCUUCCUGCGAGAUGCCGGCCGCGACUGGUACAUGUGGCGCGCGCUCAAGAAGGAGAAGGCCGCCAGCCGGAGCGACGCCGUGCAGUCCGAGGCCGGCAACGGCGAGCCAGGCAUCGAGAUGACGGCGCCUGGCACAGCUCCUUCUGCCACUCCGGCGCCCGCACGCCGCCCUUUCCUGGGUCGCGUGCUGCAGCGUCCGCACGCCUUUGCCACAGUCUUCCCGACGGUGACCGUCGUGCUGCGGCGGCUGCCGUUCCCGCUGCUGCCCUUCGCCUUUGGCAUGUUCAUCCUCGUGCAGGGCCUGGGUCACGUCGGCUUCAUCGACAUCAUGGCGCGCGGGCUUGGCCGGGUGUGCGCAAGCGGCACGACGGCCACGGCGUUCUUCAUUUCGACGCUGGGCAUCGUGCUGUGCAACUUCGGCGGCACCAACAUUGGCAGCACGAUUCUGCUGACCAAGGCGCUGCAGUCGCGCGCCUUUACGUCGCAGCUGCCGCUCGACCAGGCAGCGAUCAUCCUCAAAACAGGCACGUACUCCAUCGCGUUCGGCUCGAACGUUGGAGCGCUCGGCGGCACGUUUGCCGCGAGCCUUGCUGGCCUGCUCUGGCGUCAGGGCUUGGCGCAGGGCGGCGUGCACGUCACGCCCGGGCAGUUCGCGCUCUGGUGCGCCGUCGUCAUUGUACCGUCGACGGUGGCAGGCAUCGGCGUGCUGCUCGCCGAGGUCACACACUUCCGCAUUGGGGAGUAGAUGCGCGGGCUAAUGGAUUGCGUCACCCAUCACAGCCGCGCCAUGAACCAGUUGCUGACCUCGUCGAGCACCUUGGCGUCCCGCGGCGCCGAGUGGCCGCCGUCGAACCACCUGACCUUGGCGAUGGCCUCCACGUUUGCGCCGCUCUUGCUCUUCCCAUCGUCGGCGCUGCAGCACUUCGCCCAGCCUUCACUAACAGGACGAAACUGGUCGCGCUCGCCGACGAGAUGCAUGCUCGGCGUCAGCUCGAGGAAGCGCGUCUUGCGCAGCGUUGCAGCGCGCGCCCCGGCUAGGUAUUCGACAGCCACGGCAGAGUGCAGCGAGGAGCUGUGGAUCGCGCAGAUCGCUGUUCGGCCAUCAGCAGGG